AUGACCGACAAAGAACUCGAUUCUUUAACAGAAAAACUGUUGGAAGAAGAAGACAAGCACCACCCGGAGCAUCGCCUUUCAAACACCGCAAAGAGGACGUCUGCCAGUGAAAAGAAAGACACUAAAGAAGAAGAAAAAAAGAGAAAGAAAGAGACAAUCAAUUUUAUUAAGUCAUGUCAAAACCCUAGCGACUUAUUCCCUUAUUUCAGGUCGGAAUUUGUCUUCUAUGCAAUUUCGCGAUAUGUCAGUAUGAAUGAUAGCAGUAAGGACGGGAAAGUUAUUAAUGACAUAUGGAAGAAUAACCCAAAAGGAAUUCCAAUGAUAUUGGACCACGCGUUAUCCCUUGGCGGAGAGAAUGCAGUGACCACGAUAUCCCAUUUCUGUUGUUGCUCUUUAUUGAUCCCACCAGAAGUCCGCGACUCGUGCUUCUGCAAAAUCGCGGAGUAUCUGCGGAAGAAUCCCGCUUACAUCGCGGACCUCCGGAGAUUCGGCGAGUUCAACAAGGCGUUGAGUGAUCUUGUGGAGCACCCCAAGGAGUCCGACUGCUUCUUUGUAUCAUGUGGAGCAAUAGUUCGUUGUGAUAUUACUCUUCUCUCUGAGUAUGCUGAGUUCACUGAAUUAGUGAAGAGUGUUAUAGAAACCCCAACUAAAGGCAAAUUAGUAUUUUUAAUGAUGUUACUCAAGACUCCAAAAGGGGUUGAAGUAUUAUUAGAUAUAUUAAAGGAUGUGGGGUCAAUUGGUUCAAAAAUAAAGAAAGAGGAAGGCGUGGACAAAGCAAUCGAGAUUUUUGUCAAAGAAUAUGAGAAAGCCAAAACGAGUUAUGACAAGUUAAAAGAAGAAAAGAAGAUCGAACAAGAGGAAGAUUCAAAAAGAUUGGAAAAAGAAGUCAUUGAGAAAGAAUUUGAGAGGAUUAACAAACCCAAAACGAGUGAAGAAGUCAAAAACAGCGAUGAGUGUCUGAUUGUGUAA